GAAGCUUCAGCUGAGUACCUGAAUGCAGCACGAGAGCUCCAGCGAUGUAGAGGGAAGGAGAGGAAGAGGAGGAGGGUGGAGGCAGAUCGAGGAGAUGAAUGAAGAGGAUCCCCGGUAUCUAAGCUGACUGAUGGGGUGAGCAUCUCGUCUUCCCUCGCUCGAUAGGGCCGACUGGAAGCGGAGGGAGGACAGGAUGGAGGAGAGGAAGCAGUUUCUUUGUGGGGUGGUGGAAGGUCAGCUGCGUACUCUCAUAGCGGAAGCCCAGUUGAGAGGCCUGAAGUUUGUUUACGCCCUCUCUCCUGGUCAGGACAUCGUCUUCUCUUCUUCCUGUGAUCUGACACUACUCAAGCGCAAGCUGAGACAGGUGUCAGACCUGGGUUGGCUAGGCUUUACAUCAUUCCAUUUCAGGCCGACAGCGAGGCCUUUUCUUCAUUCGCCCAUGCUCAGGUCACUGUAACCAAUGACAUGUAUCGGUUCUUGGGGGAACCGCCUGUUUUCCUAUUUUGCC